AUGACAGAUAUACAGCUAUCACAGGGUGAUGCACUAAACAUAGAGGAUCAGUGCAAAGCUUCCGGUUGUUCUCAGAGUUGUUUUAACGGCACUUGUGCCUGUUUGGAGGGAUACAAUCUGAAGGUGGACGGAAAGACCUGCGAGGACAUCAACGAGUGUUUGCUGGGCUCUCAUCAGUGCGGCGCCGGCCAACACUGCAUCAACACACUCGGCUCACACCGCUGUCAGAGGGUCAUCAGCUGCGGGACGGGCUUCCAGCUCACACACAACAACACGUGUGCAGGUCAGACACACUCACAGCCUGCUUCAAGUGGGAUUUUCUGUUGUCUGUUUGUGGUUCCAGACAUUGAUGAAUGUGAGACAGGAGCUCAUAACUGCGGAGCUGAGCUGGAGUGUCAGAACACAGCCGGAUCGUUCCGCUGCCGUCCCAGAAUGCUGGGCGCGGGGUUCAUUCAGGACGCUCUCGGGAGCCGCAUCGAUGUCAACGAGUGCUUGAGCGCGACGAGGCCGUGUCCAGCGGGGCACAUGUGCUUCAACACGGUCGGCUCCUACACCUGCCAGAAACACUCAGUGACCUGUGGACGGGGAUACCAUCUGAACCCCGACGGGACGCGCUGCAUGGAUACACAAACAAAUCACAGUCACCUGCUUAACAUGCACUCAAUCGAAUUAAAUAACGUCCCGCUCUACACAACACACAACGUUUCACUCAGAAAACCAGACCUCAAUGAAUGCGAGAGCAGCCCGUGCAGUCAGGAGUGUGCCAACGUCUACGGGUCGUACCAGGGCUACUGUCGUCGUGGUUACCAGCUGAGCGACGAGGACGGGGUCACCUGUGCAGACAUCGAUGAGUGUGCGCUGCCCACCGGUGGACACAUCUGCUCUUACCGCUGCCUCAACACACCGGGCAGCUUCCAGUGCCUCUGUCCCGCCGCAGGAUACACCCUCACCCCCAGCGGACGCAGCUGCCAGGGUCAGACUCAAGUUACCAUCACAAUCAGAACUGAAAUUAAUAACUGA